UAGUUCGUAAAUUGGCUCUUUCGGCUCUCGUGACUCUCCCCAGUGUUUCAAUUGCCCGUAGUAGCCAUGGCGGCCAUGAGCUUAUUGCAGCGGGCUUCGGUCACUGCAGUGGCAGCUCUUUCCGGCCGCCGGCUUGGUACUCAGCUUGGAUUCGGGGGCUUCCUCACCCGUGGCUUUCCGAAGACUGUCGCUCCUGUGCGACACAGUGGAGACCAUGGGAAAAGACUGUUUAUCAUCAAACCAUCUGGAUUCUAUGACAGGCGGUUUUUGAAUUUAAUGAAAUUCUACAUUUUGUUGACUGGGAUUCCAGUAGCAAUUGGCAUAACUCUGGUGAACAUAUUCAUUGGUGAAGCUGAGUUAGCAGAGAUUCCAGAAGGCUACAUCCCAGAACACUGGGAAUAUUUCAAGCAUCCUAUAUCAAGAUGGAUUGCCCGAACUUUUUUUGAUGGCCCUGAAAAGAAUUAUGAAAAAACAAUGGCUAUCCUUCAGAUUGAAGCUGAAAAGGCUGAUUUACGGUUAAAGGAGCUGGAAGUGCGAAGGUUAAUGCGAGCGAGAGGUGAUGGUCCCUGGUAUCAGUAUUCAACUGUUGAUAAGGCGCUGAUUGAUUAUUCUCCAAAAGCAACUCCUGACAAUUAAUCUUUUAUUUCUCUAAAUACGAAGUAUAUUCUCUUUAAGGAGAAAAUUAAUCAGUAAAUAUAUUCUGUAUUUUUGCUCACAUGAUGAAUAAAAGAUCUUCCAUUGCACUAUUUCUCGACAUUGUUUCAGAUUAAGACUUUCAUGUGGCAUUUCAGUUUUUUUUCAGCUUUAUUGAGGCGUAAUUGACAAAUUGUAAGGUAUUUAAAGUGUACAUUGUGAUGAUUUGAUACGCGUUGUGAAAGGCAGAAUAAGACUUUUGACUUGUGUGUUUUGGCUUCCUCCUUUGUGAAGGUUUACCAUAUAUUAAAAAACAACUUGGGCAAAUAAGAAUUUAUGAACUCCUGGGGGUGUGACUUUGAAAGCUCAAAGUUUUAUUUGUCUGAUAAUUGGAAGUUAGAAAAGUCUAAUUAUGUUAAAUAUGAGGAAAUGUAGUAGUUUAUACAUAUCUAGAUUAUUCAGUGGUGAUUCAGAAUUUUAAAUUACAUGAUUACUGAACUAUAUAAAACAUUAACAUCUUAAUGAACAAUUUUCAGUGAACAAAUCUCAGUUGAAUAUUUUCAUGUUUUCUACCUUAAAUAACUUUUGUCACUAAAGUGAUUUUUAUUGAAGUAGACACACAAUGUUACAUUAGUUUCAGAUGUGGUAUAAUAUGUCAUGCUUUUUAAAUGCAUACACACUUGCACCCUUUUUCUUAGAUGUAAUCUCUUGAGAUUCCUAGAGCCCUUUUUUUGUAAACACUGGAAAAGUUACACAAGGUAAAAUGAUUACUGCAAAGAUUAUUAAAUGUGAGUAACAGCUAAAAUAAUGGCUAUCAUUUAUUAAACAUUUUACUGUGUGCUGA